UCCCAGGAACAGCCCAAUGGCAUCGAGCUUGAAGUCAUGGCGGAUACCAUUUAUAUGAAGGGAGACAUUAAAAUGCGUGGAACCAAGAAGCUGACAAUGUUUAGCCGUAAGCUUUCAUUUGUGAAAGGAAGUAAGUUAGAUCUCAGAGCUCCAGAUCUGUCACAAAGCUUUAAUAGCCUUGAGCCUGGUGCUGAUGGAAAUGAUGGCAAACAUGGCGUAAAUGGAACCACAGUCGAGAUAUCGGCCGAUACGGUGGUAGGAUAUAUCAACAUCAUAACUAACGGUGGAAAUGGAAACAAAGGCCAAAAUGGCGCGGAUGGUAGAAAGGGAGCCGACAACAUGGCCAAGGAGCUGGAUAAAACACAGUCAGAUUGUAAUGCACAAACUAAGAGAAAUGAAAGGGGGAAAAUCACAGGGUGUACAGAAAAAAUCACAGGUACACCUGGCGUCAAAGGAGGAAAUGGAGGAGAUGGAGGAUACGCUGGAAAGUCAGGAAAUGGAGGAAACGCUGGCCGUCAAACAAUUUAUUUAAUAAAAUUACUAGGGAGUAUAGAGUUACGGACGUGUCGUGGAACAGGAGGGAAAGCUGCGAAAAAUGGAGUGGGAGGAGAAGGAGGUGAAGGAGGAUUAGGAGGGCAUGGAAUCAAAUGCAAAUACAGCCAUAGAGGCAAAGUAAUCGGAAUAGCGUGCAAGGCUGAUGGUCAAAUCGAUGCAUCUCGGGGACCAACUGGAAAUAAAGGUCGCAACGGGCAAACCCCUGUAAGCGCUGGUUCAGAUGGUGAGGUAGCAAACUCCUUCUUGCAGAAGUUAAAACUAGACCGCAGUCAGAAAAAUAAAUAUCCACUGGUGCUAAUGAAGGUGAUGACAAGAUAUGCUGAGGAACUAGUCUUGGUCAACAAUACCAGAAAUGCCCAAGCAGUCUUUGAGUUCAUAGCUGAUUUAGCGAUCGGAAGAGAUGAGGAUCUAAGAAAACUUUCAAAACGACGGCUGGGUUUCCUAAACAGGAAGGGAUUUGAUAGAUUUGGAAAUAACAAAUUAUUUGCACCUCUCAUGAAAUGGGAAACGUUCAAAGAACAACUUGUUAAGAUAAAAGAUAACGCUCAAGCGUACGAAAAUGCCUACAACGGCAUACGUGCAUCCAUUGAACAACAAGAAGGUAUAAAACAAGUGUUGCAAGCCCUUCCUUUACCAGCUAAGAUCCAGGUCUCUAAAGAAAAAGAAAGACUUGUGGAAGCAAGAAGGAUAGCAUUUAGUGAAAAGAGAACCUAUGUGCAGGCUAUCACUGAACUCGAAGCAAGCAUGAAAAGCUCACUUGAAGAAAUAAUCGUCCAACUUCCAGACGUACAUCGGGCAGCGCAGUUCAACAAAAUCGACCUGUUUCUCGUUCUUCAAGCUUUAGUAGGGUUUGUCACUGGAACUACAGAGAGAGAUUCAUUAGCAUUGCUUGGGACUACUUUAACAGUUAUUGGACAUUUUGCUUCGAGGUGCAAAACUGGAACACUUCAAGACAAUAAGGAAAAACUCAAGAAAUGGCUGAUGUUUGGCAUGGAAUACGCCGCCCUAAAGGACUCUAGUGAGCUGGAUUUUGACAAAAUGGACGUGGGAUCUGUACCGGAGGUCAUGAAGAAUAACCUUGAAAUGAACAAGGAAGGGCUCACAGCGGACCUGGUUUGUAUGAUAGAGGAGAGGUCACUUCCACGAAACCUUGCAAAGUUCAAGGAACAGAUAGAACGUUUCUUCGUGGCUGGGGGAGCAAGGAUUGAUCUCAUAGCCAAAGUAAUUGAUCUGGAUAAUGCAAUUGGUGGAUACAACUUCGAUAUCCCUAAUUUAGAAGGAACUUCAAAUAAAAUAGAAAGUCUGCGAAACUCUGGAGAUUUAGACUCUCCAAUUGCUGAGAACAUACAACAGAUGUUUUUAGAUGAUCUACUGACUACUUAUCAGCAAAUGGAAACAAGUUUUAUUCAAAAUCUCUACCAGUUUUACAAAAGCUUUGAGUUCCGCUUACUGUGGAAUGUUGGUAGUACCUUGGUCGAUUAUCAGCGACGAGCAAGCAAAGCUGCUAGGGGAACCGAUCAACUUCGAGGUGUACUGCAGCUGACUAGUGCUUUACAGGAAAUCGAUUCUAUAGAAAGAAAAGGAAGAAAAUGCUUCACUAAGUUCAAAUACUCAACCAAUACACACAAAUGGUCUUUCAACAGUGUUGAUGAUGCCAUGCUCUUUGAUGAUUUGCACAGAGGAAAAGCAACGUUCACAAUAAAGGUUUCUGACAAUUGCAAGUCAUGCUACAAUGUUCGUCUAUUAAAGAUGUAUGUUGAACUUUAUGGAAAUGCGGCUCAAAAUGAAAACAAAUUACCAGCAAUUGUUCAUCUAAGACUGCGACAUAUGAGUGCCUCGUUUUUUCGGGAUGGAAAUGGAAAAAUAAGAGAAUUCAGACAGCAAAACAUGGACGUUUGGCGAAAGUUUGAAUUUGACCGAUUUGCAAUUACAGAUACCGCCAAGUGUCAGGCAGAGAAGAAAAGGGGAAAUAAGGACUCUCUAUACUGCAUGGAGAAAGACGAUGUUCGCUUUCAAACAAUGUGCUGCCAUUACCUUAGUGACUCCCCAUGUCAGGACGUGCUGCUUGGAGCAGAAGAGUGUCAGAGUCCAUUUGGAUCGUACGAGCUGACCAUACCUGUAGAUGAAGACGUGGAUUGUCGACCUGACAAUUCACAGUUAACAAACAAGAAUUGCAAAGAGUUUGACAGGAGCAUCUUCACGAAUAUGAACGUAUGGACGCAUUAUUUAUACUGGUCAGACAGAUACCCAACUGGACCAAAUGAUGAGAAAUGCGCUAGUCACUCAAGAGCCAGGUCUCAAAUUCCAGAAUCUGGGCUUCUCUAGCUCUAGAGCAGAACUCCUAAGGCGGCACAGGGAAUAAAAGAUGGCUGCUCAAUAAAACUUUGCUGAUAAUACAAUGAAUACAAUUUUUCUA